AGUGCUGUUUAGGACAUCUGCCAGUUGAUGAGUCUGCUGUGUAUAAGAUAUAUUGAUAUCUUUUAUAAAUAUAUAUUUAUAUUUUAUGUUUUAGAGUUGAGAAUUAUACAUGAAGCAGUAGGAGUAGUUGAGAUCAAAGAAAAUAAGUGGACAUCGAUUCAUGACUAGAAAAUUGAAUAUAAUAGAUACAAAAAUAAUUUACCUGGAUAAAAAUAAAAACUGUAUUACCUGGACAAAAAUAAACACUGUAUAUGAAAAACUCACAGAUAAACUGAUAACCAUUGGUGGAAAAAUUAAAACCUUUCUUCUAAUAUCUGAUAUCGGACAAUGAUGUCUGUUAUCACUACUAAUAAAUGUAUUACUGAAAGCUGUUGCCAGAGCAAUUAGGUUAAAAAAAAGGAAAUGCACCUAAAGCAGAAAGGAUGAAAUAACUUAACUUUAUUUGCAGAUAUCAUGAUUCUUUAUAAAGAAAACCCUAAAAACAAAUAAACUGUUAGAAUAAAGUUAUAGGAUACAAAACCAACAUACAAAUAUCAGUGAUGUUUCUAUACAUGGAUAACAAACUAUCUGAAAAGGACACUAAGAAAACAACCCCCUUUUACAAUAGCAACAAAAUAAGAAAGUACAUAGGAAUAAAUUUAAUGAAAGAAGUGAAUGACUUAUACUGAAAAUUAUAAUUAUAAAAAAAGGAUAGACAUAAAUAGAAAUAUAUAUUGUUUUCAUAUAUUUGAAGAAUCAAUAUUUUAAGAUGUCAAUACUACCUGAGUGAUAAUGCAGAUUUAAUGCAAGCCUUACCAGAAUCCAAUGUAAUUUUCACAGAUGUAAAAGCAUCUCUAAAAUUCAUAUGGAACCACAAAAGACCCUAAUUCCAAAGAUUGCUUUGAAUAGAGAAAGUAUAUUGAGUAAGAAGAACAAGGUUGGAAGUAUCAAACUUCCUAGCUUCAAAAUAUUUUACAAAGCUAAAAGUAACCAAAACAGCAUGGUGGUAGUACGAAAACACAUAUAUGGACCAAUAGAGCAGAACAGCGAGCACAGAAAAUAAAUCCACAUUUUUGUAGUCAAAUUUUCAUCAACAAGGUAGCUAAGAAUACACAAUGGGGAAAGUCUCCUUAAUAAAUGGUGUUAAAAAACCAAAAAUCCACAUGGAAAAGAAUAAAAUCUCACACCGUAUACAAAAUUCAACUCAAAAAUGAAUUAAAGACUUAACCAUAAGACUUGAAAUCAUUAAAAUGACUAAAAGCAGAUAAAGGCAAAAAAUGCUUCUUGAUUUUGGUCUCAGUAAUUAUUUUUUGGGUACAACACCUGAAGCACAGGCAAAAACAAAUAACUGGGAAAAUACUGAACAAAAGUUUGUGCACAUCAAAGAAAAUUAAUAAUAAUAGUAGUAAUAAACCAAAGAAUUAGAUUUGCUGGUUAGCAUGCUGGCGUCCCACAUUGGAAUAGCUGAGUUUUAUUUCCAUCUCCAGGUCCUGACUCAAUCUUCCUAUCACUGUAAACUCUGGGAGAAAGCAGUAUGAUUGAAAUUAUUGUGUUCCUGCUAUUUAUGUAGGAAACCUGGACUGAAGUCCUGGCUUAUGGCUCAGGCUCUGGCCCAGCCUCAGCCAUUGUGGGCAUCUGGGGAGUGAACCAGAAGAUGGGAUCUCUGUUUACAUGUAUGUUCUUUUCUGCAUCUCAUUUCCUCUCAAAUAUACAAAACUAAUUUAAAUUACUUUUAAUAAAAAGUAACCUUCAGAAUGGGGGAAAUAUUUGUAAAAUUAAAUAAGAAUAUCUCAAAAAGUUCAAGGAUAUGGAAUUAAUGGAGUGAAACAAAUUAACCAUAAUACUUCAGUGGCUUAUUAAAUAAUGGUUUGUCACUUAUAGUCAGCUGCAUGGACAUGUCCUCUCUUAGGCAACUGUUUUUUUGAACAGUGACUCAGGGAUCUAGUUUGUUGCUACCUUGUAUGCACAAUUACAGCCCAUAGCAUCUAAGCUUGUAAAGUAGGGCAGGAGUCAUAAAAGGACUUUUUACUGCUUUAGAUGAAAGCAGCACUAGUCUCCCAUUAUCAAUCUUUUGGCUUGAACUAGUCAGAUGAAGCUGCCUACUUUCUGGAGGGCAAGAAAUUGCAAUGUUCAAUGUGUACAAGAAGGAGAACCUUGUGUUUAUGAGAGCCUACAUCAGCAGGAAGCUAGAUGAAGGGACAGAGGCAGCUAUAGAACACAGAGACUCUGAUAUGGGAUGUCCAUAGGUCAAAUGCUGAUAGGUCAAAUGCUCACUCCCCAAAAUCUCCUGUUUAAGUUCUGUGAUUGUAAAUGGUGAGAGCUAAUUUUAAGUAAUUUUACUAUAUAUUUUUCUUUAAUAAAGUUCUGUUUGACUUCAGGUGACAAAAAUGAUUUAUAGUGACUGUAAUAAACAGGAAUGUAUUAUUCUUAUAUAGCAACUGGUACAGAGUGGGCAGUACAGAGUUGAUAUAAUUCUCAAAUUGCAGUGUUGUUUCCUUCUUUCCAGCACUUUCCUUGUACACAUUGAAUAUGAGUUCCUUCUAUCAGCAUGGGGGACCUGGAUUCAGUUUCCAGCUGUCAGCUACAGCCCCUAUCACAGAGGUGUUAUAGGCACUUAGGGAGUGAACUAGCGCAUGGGAACUCUCUCCCUCUCUGUGUCUCUCUAUCAAAUAAAUAAACUACAAGUAAAAAACAUAAAAUAAACAUUAAGAUUUUAGUUCAAAUCCCAUAUUACUAACAUAAGACUGAGUAGACAGGAACAGCACCAGAACUCAAUGGCCACUGAAUGAAAAUGGUAUAGCAUUCCACUGUGGAACAUUUCCACCCUUGGAGACAGUGGAACUCAGAGGUUUGCUAUGUUAUACUGUGUUUGUUUUCUUCACUGUCGGAUCAGAGGACUGCCUAGGACAAAGUUAUCUGGAAUGAAUAUACCACCACCAAUUAUCAGCAACAAAAACUGGCUCAGACUGCAUUUUGUUACAGACAGCAAUCACCGAUAUCGUGGAUUUAGCGCUCCAUAUCAAGGUUCUUCUACAUUGACCCUCACUACCUCCACUGGUGAGUUAGAGGAGCAUAACAGGACUGCCACUGGUGCAAUUGCUGUUGCUAGCACACCUGCAGAUGUUACUGUAUCCAGUGUUACAGCUGUCACCAUCCAUAGACUUUCCGAGGAACAGCGAAUGCAAGUUACGAAUCUCAGAAAUUCAGGUCUGGACCCCAACACGUCCAAGGACGGGCUCUCUCCUCAUCAAGCAGAUACACAAAGUACAAGGAGAAGACCAAGAAAUGCUGAACAGAUAGAAAGAACUAAAGAGCUUGCAGUUGUUACUCAUAGAGUGAAAAAGGCCAUAGAUUUUAAAUCUAGAGGAUUUAAAUUGUUUCCAGGGAAAGACAACAGCAACAAGUUUUCUAUCUUAAAUGAGGGAGGUAUUAAAACAGCUUCAAAUUUAUGCCCAGAUCCAGGAGAGCCAGAAAAUGGGAAGAGAAUUGGAUCUGACUUUAGCCUUGGAUCAACUGUGCAGUUCUCUUGUGAUGAAGAUUAUGUUCUACAGGGUGCAAAGAGCAUCACCUGCCAACGGAUAGCUGAAGUUUUUGCUGCUUGGAGUGACCACAGACCUGUAUGUAAAGUGAAGACAUGUGGCUCCAAUCUUCAAGGACCAAGUGGAACCUUUACAUCACCCAACUUUCCAUUCCAGUAUGACAGCAAUGCCCAGUGCGUCUGGGUCAUCACCGCAGUGAAUACAAAUAAGGUUAUCCAGAUAAAUUUUGAAGAAUUUGAUUUGGAGAUUGGCUAUGAUACCUUGACAAUUGGUGAUGGGGGUGAAGUUGGAGACCCUAGGACAGUGCUUCAAGUGCUGACUGGAAGCUUUGUACCAGAUUUGAUAGUGAGCAUGAGUAGCCAAAUGUGGCUGCACCUUCAAACAGAUGAAAGUGUGGGAUCUGUUGGCUUCAAGGUUAACUACAAAGAAAUUGAGAAAGAAAGUUGUGGCGAUCCAGGUACACCCUUAUAUGGAAUCAGAGAAGGCGAUGGAUUUUCUAAUCGUGAUGUUUUAAGGUUUGAAUGCCAGUUUGGAUUUGAAUUAAUUGGAGAGAAAUCCAUUGUUUGUCAAGAGAAUAACCAGUGGUCUGCAAACAUACCCAUCUGUAUCUUUCCUUGUCUCUCUAACUUUACUGCACCAAUGGGAACAGUCCUUUCUCCUGAUUAUCCAGAAGGGUAUGGAAAUAAUUUAAAUUGCAUUUGGACUAUAAUCUCUGAUCCUGGGAGCCGAAUACACCUUUCUUUCAAUGACUUUGAUCUGGAGUCCCAGUUUGAUUUUCUUGCUGUUAAAGAUGGUGACUCCCCAGACUCCCCCAUCCUUGGAACUUUUACUGGAGCUGAGGUUCCUUCCCAUCUUACAAGUAAUAGUCAUGUUCUGAGAUUGGAGUUUCAAGCUGACCACUCAAUGUCGGGACGUGGCUUUAACAUCACUUAUAACACUUUUGGACAUAAUGAGUGCCCUGAUCCAGGAAUACCAAUCAAUGCACGACGUUUUGGGGACAACUUCCAAUUAGGAAGUUCAAUUUCAGUUAUUUGUGAAGAAGGAUUUAUUAAAACCCAGGGAACAGAAACAAUUACUUGUAUUCUUAUGGAUGGAAAAGUAAUGUGGAGUGGACCAAUUCCAAGAUGUGGAGCUCCAUGUGGUGGCCAUUUUUCAGCUCCAAGUGGAGUGAUUCUCUCACCAGGAUGGCCAGGAUACUACAAAGACUCUUUGAAUUGUGAGUGGGUGAUUGAAGCUGAACCUGGACACUCUAUCAAAAUUACAUUUGAAAGAUUUCAGACUGAACUGAAUUAUGAUGUUUUGGAAGUUCAUGAUGGACCAAACCUUCUUUCACCCUUGCUUGGAUCUUACAAUGGCACACAAGUGCCCCAGUUUCUGUUUAGCAGCAGUAAUUUUAUAUACCUUUUGUUUACAACAGACAACAGCCGUUCCAAUAAUGGUUUCAAGAUUCAUUAUGAAAGUGUUACAGUGAACACAUAUUCUUGCUUGGACCCAGGCAUACCUGUACAUGGCCGUCGCUACGGUCAUGACUUCUCUAUUGGAUCUACUGUUUCAUUUAGUUGUGAUCCAGGGUACAGGUUAAGCCAUGAAGAACCACUUCUGUGUGAAAAAAAUCACUGGUGGAGUCAUCCCCUUCCAACGUGUGAUGCAUUAUGUGGAGGAGACGUUAGAGGGCCUAGUGGAACAAUCUUAUCACCUGGUUACCCAGAAUUUUACCCAAAUUCUCUGAAUUGUACCUGGACUGUUGAUGUAACCCAUGGAAAAGGUGUGCAGUUCAAUUUCCACACAUUUCAUUUGGAAGACCAUCAUGACUACUUACUGAUCACAGAGAAUGGUAGUUUUACUCAACCACUAGCACGCCUGACUGGUUCUGAACUUCCUUCAACAAUCAAUGCUGGGCUCUAUGGAAAUUUCAGGGCUCAACUGCGCUUCAUUUCAGAUUUUUCAAUAUCAUAUGAAGGAUUCAACAUUACGUUCUCUGAAUACAACCUUGAACCUUGUGAAGAUCCUGGAAUUCCUCAGUAUGGUAACCGAAUUGGAUUCAGCUUUGGGGUUGGUGACACUCUGACCUUCUCCUGUUCAUUGGGUUAUCGACUAGAAGGAACAUCAGAGAUCAUCUGUCUUGGUGGUGGCCGGCGAGUGUGGAGUGCACCUCUGCCAAGGUGUGUGGCUGAAUGUGGUGCAUCUGCAACAAAUAAUGAAGGAAUUUUGCUCUCUCCAAAUUAUCCUCUCAACUAUGAAAACAACCACGAAUGCAUUUAUAGUAUUCAGGUUCAAGCAGGAAAAGGAAUCAAUAUUUCAGCCAGAACGUUUCAUUUAGCACAAGGAGAUGUUCUUAAGAUUUAUGAUGGAAAAGAUAAAACGACUCAUCUACUGGGUGCUUUUACUGGUGCAUCUAUGCGAGGACUGACACUUAGUAGUACUUCAAAUCAGCUCUGGCUAGAAUUUAAUUCUGAUUCUGAAGGGACGGAUGAAGGCUUUCAACUUGUCUAUACCAGUUUUGAACUUUCACAUUGUGAAGAUCCUGGCAUUCCACAAUUUGGAUACAAAAUCAGUGACCAAGGGCAUUUUGCUGGUAGCACUAUCAUUUAUGGAUGCAAUCCAGGUUACACUCUCCAUGGAAGUAGCCUUCUCAAGUGCAUGACUGGGGAGAGAAGGGCAUGGGACUACCCUCUGCCUUCCUGUAUUGCUGAAUGUGGAGGUCGUUUUAAAGGAGAAUCAUCAGGAAGAAUCUUAUCUCCUGGUUAUCCUUUUCCAUAUGACAAUAAUCUACGUUGCAUGUGGAUGAUUGAGGUAGAUCCAGGAAACAUCGUCAGCCUGCAGUUUCUUGCUUUCGAUACGGAAGCAUCACAUGAUAUACUCCGAGUUUGGGAUGGUCCACCAGAAAACGAGAUGUUAUUAAAAGAAAUUAGUGGAUCUCUUAUUCCUGAAGGAAUCCACAGCACCCUCAACAUAGUAACCAUACAGUUUGACACAGAUUUUUAUAUCAGCAAAUCUGGAUUUGCAAUUCAGUUUUCAAGUUCUGUUGCCACUGCGUGUCGUGACCCAGGGAUUCCCAUGAAUGGGACUCGAAAUGGAGAUGGCAGAGAACCUGGGGACACUGUUGUUUUUCAGUGUGACCCAGGAUAUGAACUUCAGGGACAGGAAAGAAUAACCUGCAUUCAGGUAGAAAAUCGAUACUUCUGGCAGCCCAGCCCACCAGUCUGUAUAGCACCCUGUGGAGGCAAUUUAACAGGAUCUUCAGGCUUUAUUCUUUCGCCAAAUUUCCCUCAUCCAUAUCCACAUAGCAGGGACUGUGACUGGACCAUCACCGUCAAUGCAGACUAUGUGAUCUCCUUGGCAUUCAUCAGUUUUAGUAUAGAACCAAAUUAUGACUUCCUGUAUAUAUAUGAUGGACCAGAUAGUAAUAGUCCACUGAUUGGAAGCUUUCAAGACAGCAAGUUACCAGAGAGAAUAGAAAGCAGUUCAAAUACCAUGCAUUUGGCUUUUCGGAGUGAUGGAUCUGUUAGUUACACUGGAUUUCAUUUGGAAUACAAAGCAAAACUCCGAGAGUCCUGCUUUGAUCCAGGCAAUAUAAUGAAUGGCACCAGACUGGGAAUGGACUAUAAAUUAGGGUCAACGGUCACCUAUUACUGUGAUGCUGGUUAUGUUCUCCAAGGUUAUUCAACACUCACCUGUAUCAUGGGAGAUGAUGGAAGGCCUGGAUGGAAUAGAGCCCUGCCAAGUUGUCAUGCACCCUGUGGAAGUCGUUCAACAGGUUCUGAAGGCACAGUGCUUUCACCAAACUAUCCAAAAAAUUACAGUGUGGGACAUAAUUGUGUUUAUUCUAUAGCGGUUCCCAAGGAGUUUGUGGUGUUUGGCCAGUUUGUAUUUUUCCAGACAUCACUCCACGAUGUUGUUGAGGUGUAUGAUGGGCCAACUCAGCAAUCUUCUCUGUUAUCUUCCCUCUCAGGAUCCCAUUCAGGAGAAUCACUUCCACUGAGUUCAGGUAAUCAGAUCACAAUUCGAUUUACAUCAGUUGGACCAAUAACAGCUAAGGGAUUUCACUUUGUUUAUCAAGCUGUUCCUAGGACAAGUUCCACACAGUGCAGUUCUGUACCUGAACCAAGAUUUGGAAGAAGAAUUGGCAAUGAAUUUGCAGUUGGUUCAUUGAUUCUUUUUGAAUGUAAUCCAGGAUAUAUUCUCCAUGGAUCCACAGCAAUUAGGUGUGAUACAGUGCCCAAUUCUUUGGCCCAGUGGAAUGAUUCCUUACCAACCUGUAUUGUGCCCUGUGGUGGAAUUUUAACUAAACGCAAAGGGACUAUUUUGUCUCCUGGAUAUCCUGAACCUUAUGACAACAAUCUGAAUUGUGUAUGGAAGAUCACAGUGCCAGAAGGAGCUGGUAUUCAAGUGCAAGUUAUAAGCUUUGCUACAGAACAUAAUUGGGAUUCUCUGGACUUUUAUGAUGGAGGAGACAAUAAUGCUCCAAGACUUGGAAGUUAUUCAGGAACAACCAUACCUCAUCUUUUGAAUAGUACAUCCAAUAAUUUAUAUCUGAAUUUUCAAUCUGACAUCAGUGUUUCUGCUGCAGGAUUUCAUCUUGAAUACACAGCAAUUGGUUUGGAUUCUUGUCCUGAACCACAAACUCCUAGCAGUGGAAUUAAAAUUGGAGACAGAUACAUGGUUGGUGAUGUGGUAUCCUUCCAAUGUGAUCAAGGCUAUUCCCUUCAGGGCCAUUCUCACAUUACAUGUAUGCCUGGACCAGUAAGACGAUGGAAUUAUCCAAUCCCAAUUUGUUUGGCUCAGUGUGGUGGUGCUAUGUCAGAUUUCAGUGGUGUGAUCCUUAGUCCUGGUUUUCCUGGAAACUAUCCUAGCAGUUUAGAUUGCACGUGGACAAUAAAGCUGCCUAUAGGUUUUGGUGUACAUCUUCAGUUUGUAAACUUUUCUACAGAAACAAUACAUGACUACUUGGAAGUAAGAAGUGGUUCUUCGGAAACUAGUACUGUUAUUGGCCGGCUUAGUGGUCCUCAAAUACCAUCUUCAUUGUUUAGCACAACCCAUGAAACCAGUUUGUAUUUUCACAGUGACUAUUCACAAAACAAGCAAGGAUUUCACAUUGUAUACCAAGCCUAUCAGUUGCAAAGUUGUCCUGAUCCACGCCCAUUUCGAAAUGGUUUUGUAAUUGGCAAUGAUUUUACUGUGGGUCAAACCAUUUCAUUUGAAUGUUUCCCAGGAUACACAUUAAUUGGAAAUUCAGCUCUCACAUGCCUUCAUGGAGUCAGUCGUAAUUGGAAUCAUCCACUUCCAAGGUGUGAAGCUCUCUGUGGUGGGAAUAUAACUGCAAUGAAUGGCACCAUUUAUUCUCCUGGUUAUCCUGAUGAAUAUCCAAACUUUCAAGAUUGUUUUUGGCUUGUAAGAGUGCCUCCUGGGAAUGGAAUCUACAUCAAUUUUACUGUCCUUCAAACUGAACCAAUCUAUGAUUUUAUUACUGUAUGGGAUGGACCAGACCAAAACUCACCUCAGAUCGGUCAAUUCAGUGGUAAUACUGCACUGGAAUCUGUCUACAGCACUUCAAAUCAGAUUCUAAUCAAAUUCCACAGUGAUUUCACCACAAGUGGCUUUUUUGUGCUCAGUUAUCAUGCCUAUCAACUAAGAGUAUGCCAGCCUCCACCACCAGUGCCCAAUGCUGAAAUUCUGACAGAAGAUGAUGAAUUUGAAAUAGGUGAUAUUAUUAGAUAUCAGUGUCUUCCAGGGUUUACAUUGGUUGGUAAUGCAAUUCUGACAUGCAGGUUAGGAGAGCGACUCCAGAUGGAUGGAGCACCUCCAGUUUGUCAAGUGCUCUGCCCUGCCAAUGAAUUACGACUGGAUUCUACAGGAGUCAUAUUAAGCCCUGGAUAUCCUGAUAGUUACCCAAAUCUUCAAAUGUGUGCAUGGAGUAUUUCAGUUGAAAAGGGUUAUAAUAUCAGCAUGUUUGUAGAAUUCUUCCAGACAGAAAAGGAAUUUGAUGUUCUUCAGGUGUAUGAUGGACCAAAUAUUCAAAGUCCAGUGCUUGUUUCCCUCAGUGGAGAUUAUUCGUCUGCCUUUAAUAUAACAAGCAAUGGUCAUGAAGUGUUUCUUCAAUGGUCAGCAGAUCACGGCAAUAACAAAAAAGGAUUCCGGAUAAGAUAUAUAGCUUUCUACUGUAGUACACCAGAAUCCCCGCCCCAUGGAUACAUCAUCAGUCAGACAGGUGGGCAGCUGAAUAGUGUGGUCCGUUGGGCCUGCGAUCGAGGAUUCCGACUUGUUGGGAAAAGCAGUGCUGUGUGCAGGAAGUCUUCCUAUGGGUACCAUGCAUGGGAUGCGCCCGUCCCUGCCUGUCAAGCAAUUUCUUGUGGAAUUCCUAAAGCUCCAACAAAUGGAGGGAUACUUACCACAGACUACUUGGUGGGGACUAGAGUUACCUAUUUUUGUAAUGAUGGGUAUAGAUUGUCAUCCAAGGAACUUACUACUGCUGUAUGCCAAUCAGAUGGAACAUGGAGUAAUCAUAACAAGACCCCUCGCUGUGUUGUUGUUACUUGUCCAAGCAUCAAUUCCUUUACCUUGGAACAUGGAAGAUGGAGAAUUGUGAAUGGCUCUCAUUAUGAAUACAAAACCAAGGUAGUUUUCAGCUGUGACCCUGGUUAUCAUGGAUUAGGUCCUGCUUCUAUCGAAUGUCUUCCUAAUGGUACCUGGAGUUGGAGAAAUGAAAGACCAUAUUGCCAAAUUAUUUCUUGUGGAGAGCUACCUACACCUCCAAAUGGAAAUAAGAUUGGAACUCAGACAUCAUAUGGCUCUACAGCUAUCUUUACCUGUGAUUCAGGAUUCAUGCUUGUGGGCUCAGCUGUGCGGGAAUGCCUUUCCUCUGGUCUUUGGAGUGGAUCUGAAACCAGAUGCCUAGCGGGUCAUUGUGGAAUUCCAGAACUCAUUGUGAAUGGUCAAGUCAUUGGAGAAAAUUAUGGAUACAGAGACACAGUCGUAUAUCAGUGUAAUCCUGGUUUUCGAUUGAUUGGUUCUUCAGUGAGAAUAUGUCAGCAGGAUCACAACUGGUCUGGUCAACUCCCAUCCUGUGUGCCUGUUAGCUGUGGUCACCCUGGUAGUCCAAUUUAUGGAAGAACAAGUGGAAAUGGAUUCAACUUUAAUGAUGUAGUAACAUUUUCUUGCAAUAUUGGGUAUCUUAUGCAAGGACCAACAAAGGCACAAUGCCAGGCCAACAGACAGUGGAGCCAUCCUCCUCCUGUGUGCAAAGUGGUCAACUGUUCUGAUCCUGGAAUUCCAGCCAAUUCCAAAAGAGAAAGUAAAAUAGAACAUGGGAAUUUCACCUAUGGCACUGUGGUAUUCUAUGAUUGCAAUCCAGGUUAUUUCUUAUUUGGAUCUUCAGUUUUGAUAUGCCAACCAAACGGACAGUGGGACAAACCUUUACCAGAAUGUAUCAUGAUUGACUGUGGACACCCUGGCGUUCCUCCUAAUGCAGUCCUGUCCGGCGAGAAGUAUACUUUUGGGUCUACUGUUCACUAUUCCUGCACAGGAAAGCGUUCCCUUCUAGGCCAGUCAUCAAGGACUUGCCAAUUAAAUGGCCAUUGGAGUGGAUCACAACCUCAUUGUUCAGGUGAUGCCACUGGUACAUGUGGGGAUCCAGGCACUCCUGGUCAUGGCUCUAGACAAGAGAGUGAUUUCAGAACUAAAAGUACUGUACAUUUUGCUUGUGAUACUGGUUACAUCCUUCAUGGCUCAGAACAAAGAACAUGUCUAGCCAAUGGCAGUUGGACUGGAAGGCAACCAGAAUGCAAAGCCGUACAGUGCGGUAACCCAGGAACAACAGCCAAUGGGAAAGUCUUUCGUAUUGACGGCACAACGUUUUCUAGUUCAGUCAUUUAUUCGUGCAUGGAGGGAUACAUCCUUUCUGGACCUUCAGUUAGACAGUGUACAGCCAACGGGACAUGGUCUGGAAGUUUGCCAAACUGUACAAUAAUCAGUUGUGGAGACCCAGGUAUACCUGCCAAUGGACUGAGAUAUGGAGAUGAUUAUGUGGUUGGACAAAAUGUUUCUUACAUGUGCCAGCCAGGCUAUACAAUGGAAUUAAAUGGCUCCAGAAUCAGAACUUGUACUACUAAUGGCACCUGGAGUGGAGUGAUGCCAACUUGUAGAGCUGUUACCUGCCCAACUCCUCCACAGAUCUCUAAUGGAAGGCUCGAAGGAACAAAUUUUGACUGGGGCUUUAGUAUUAGCUACAUCUGUUCUCCAGGCUAUGAACUGUCCUUUCCUGCUGUUUUGACCUGUGUAGGGAAUGGUACCUGGAGCGGUGAAGUACCACAAUGCUUACCCAAGUUUUGUGGUGACCCAGGUAUACCCGCCCAAGGAAAACGAGAAGGCAAAAGCUUUAUAUACCAGUCAGAGGUUUCAUUCAACUGCAAUUCUCCCUUUAUAUUAGUGGGAUCAAGCACCAGAAUAUGCCAAGCAGAUGGCACUUGGAGUGGCUCAUCACCUCACUGCAUUGAACCUACCCGCACCUCCUGUGAAAAUCCUGGUGUGCCUCGGCAUGGAUCACAGAACAAUACAUUCGGAUUUCAAGUGGGAAGUGUUGUGCAGUUCCACUGCAAAAAAGGACACCUUCUCCAAGGUUCUACUACUCGCACUUGCCUCCCUGACCUUACAUGGAGUGGAAUUCAGCCUGAAUGCCUGCCCCACAGCUGUAAACAACCAGAAACUCCUGCUCAUGCAAAUGUAGUAGGAAUGGACCUUCCGUCCCAUGGGUAUACACUAAUCUAUACUUGCCAGCCAGGCUUCUUCUUAGCAGGUGGAACAGAACAUAGAGUAUGCAGAUCUGAUAACACCUGGACUGGAAAAGUCCCUAUUUGUGAAGCUGGUUCUAAAAUAUUGGUGAAAGAUCCUAGACCUGCACUAGGAACACCCAGUCCAAAGUUAAGUGUUCCUGAUGAUGUGUUUGCCCAAAAUUACAUAUGGAAAGGCUCCUAUAAUUUCAAAGGAAGGAAACAACCCAUGACUUUGACAGUUACUAGUUUCAAUGCUUCCACUGGAAGAGUUAAUGCAACAUUAAGUAAUAGCAACAUGGAACUGCUACUUUCAGGGGUAUAUAAAAGUCAAGAAGCUCGCCUAAUGUUGCACAUAUAUCUUAUUAAAGUACCAGCUCAUGCUUCUGUGAAGAAAAUGAAGGAGGAAAAUUGGGCCAUGGAUGGCUUUGUUUCGGCUGAGCCUGAUGGAGCUACUUAUGUAUUUCAAGGCUUUAUUCAAGGGAAAGAUUAUGGGCAAUUUGGACUACAAAGGCUGGGACUCAAUGUGUCAGAAGGCUCAAAUUCUUCAAAUCAACCUCAUGGUACAAACAGUAGUUCUGUGGCCAUUGCUAUCCUUGUGCCUUUUUUUGCACUUAUAUUUGCAGGAUUUGGAUUUUAUCUUUAUAAACAAAGGACUGCACCCAAAACACAGUACACAGGAUGUUCAGUUCAUGAAAAUAACAAUGGCCAAGCAGCUUUUGAAAACCCCAUGUAUGACACCAAUGCGAAAUCGGUGGAAGGGAAGGCCGUGCGAUUUGAUCCCAACUUGAACACAGUUUGCACAAUGGUAUAACAUGGCAAAUCUUUGCCUCCUUCAGAAGCUUGGGAAUUGACACACAAAACAGUGCACAUUUAGUUCACUGCUAAACAAAUUAAAGCACACUUUUCAGGACUUGCUGGGUCACCUUUUCCUGAGGAAUGAUAGAGAAGAGUGUUUUUUCAUAAACUGGACCAUAAUCCUUCUUCAUGUUUACCAUGGAGAGUUUUGCAGAAAUUCGGCUGCACUCUGAGAGUGCUUACUCACAGUUUAUUUGCUUUUUUUAAAAAGGAGAUUAUUCUAAAACAUAAACUUAUUUGCAUAUAUUGGAGGAGCAUCCACUAUCAGUAUUUCUGUGCUUUAUAAACUAUAUUAGAGGAACUGGGUUUAAAAAAAAAGAUAUAGGGUAGAAAAUAAGAGCUAUACUUACAAAAGUCAAUAGAUCACUGACUUUAACUGUCAUGAGCUAUAUCAUGCACAUAAGUCUGCAUUUCAUUUCACACUACUGCCUAUCCACUCGUUAAUGGAAGCAUUCUUUCUCUAUUUUCAUUUUUAUUUAAGAUUGAGUCAUGCCUUUAAAUGUUUAUGAGUAAUUUAUGCCACAGAAAAGAUAAGACCGCCCACUCUAUUUUUGUCCUUGUGUAUCAGAUUUCUAUUCUUCUUUUAGAUGGGUUGCCAUAGACUAAAAAUGCCAAGGUCAUUGUGUUACCCUCUCAGUUUCUCCACUUCGGAGUAACCAGUUUUAUUCAGUGAGCCACAGGGUAGUGUUAAUUCCUUGCUUUGAUGUUUUGUCAUCCACAAACCAUUUUGGCUGGCAAAAAUUAUCUGUAAGGAUGACUUUGCAGUCACAUGAAACACCACACUUAUUACCAUCCUUUUAAUGUUUUUGAAAGAAUCAAAUAAGACCUAUUGGUAAUCUAUUGUAUUCAGUUUAUGAUAUAUCUACAUUUCCUUCCAGGUGAGCCUCCAUAUUUAACACUGCUUUUGACGUUGUUUAACUUCACAUAUCAAUGAGUUAGAAAUAUAUUUUGAUCCAGUUCCCUAACAUGAAUGAAAAAAAAAAAAUCUUUCAAACCACCCACAUAAAUUUGUUUCUAAACGUUGUGAAUUUAUCUUGUUUUCAUAUCUAUAUUUACAUUUUUAAAAGGCAAGUUUCAGAUACAGCGGUUUCUUUCAUUGUCAGAUUAAGAUACUCUUGUAGAUUACUGGUGGCUCAUUUACAACUGUAUCAUACAGCAUUGCCAGCAAUUUUAUUUACUAGGUCACUGUCUUCCUUUAAGAGCAUGUUUUAUUUCAUUGAAUAAAAGUCUGUACCCAGUGUGAACUCUGUUGUUGUCCCUUUCAAAUGUGGAUAACUCUGUGAACAGUCUCUACUUUUCGUGUCAUGAGACAGAGUGCCUAAGAGAAACCAUUGCACCCAGGAGCACUGCUUGGAUCUAUCUCUCUACAACACUUAGCGAAUUUCUUGUAAACCACUUUGAGAUACAUUGUUUUGGAAAUUCAUACAAUUUUCUCAACAUUGUACUCUACAGACAGGAUGCGGUUUUAAAUUUUAUGCCAUCAGUUAUUUAUUCUUGUUUAUUCAAAUGACUGCAAUAAAAAUGAUUCAUUCACUAAUGAUAAGAUUAAUACAUUUAAGAUCUUGUUUAAACAAUGUUUCUUCUGCAACUGGCUACUCCUCUUAUAUUAAUGCAUACACUUUUGUAAAGAAGUAUAUUUUUAUGAAAAAACUUUGUAAAAGUAUGAUGUAAAUUUUCAGUGCAAUGUAAACAAUAA